AUGCCUAAGAAACGACACCACUCCUACCUCAAGUCGCCCCAAGCGCUGUCGCCUGCUUCUCGCGUUAGCAAAGACAAACCUCAAAAAUCCGUCAACGAGCUGCUCACCCAGCUACGUCACACGUCGCUCGCAUCCUCGUCGACACAGGGUCCCGCUGCCUUGUCUCCUCUGCUGCAUGCCAACACUCCAACCGUGCCCCCAGCUCUGAGGCAUAUUCUGCAGAUUCCAGAAACGCCUUCUCCCCGCCCCAGGCGCACUGUCAGGCCCAGGUUCGACAGCACUGGUCGUCGCCUUCCCGCCGGGCCCCCUCCCCCACGUAGCUGGACCUUGCCUGCCCAUCACCAACAGGUAGCACCCCGGCCUGUGUCCGAAGUUGCAUCUGCUGCUCGCAAUGCCAUAGCCAACAUCUCCCUGCCGGGGCUGCAGUCCCCGGCACCCAGGAGCCUGGUUGGCCUCGUCAUCGCUCAUCUGGCCGCCAACUGGGCCUUCCACCGUAUCUAUGACCAGCAUUACAUGUACGACAUCCCGAGCCACCUCAAGCCAGCACUAAUGCGGGAAAUCGCUAUCCAUGGCGAUGCCGGCCUUGCUUUUGGCGACUUCAAGGCCCUGCUCCUGCGCCCCAGCCAAGGCGACAGCGACAGCGACGGAGACGGCGAAAGCGAAAGCGACGGCCAUCAUGGAGGGGGUGUGCGCCUGCCCCCGGCUGUCGAUUCACAAAUUACUUCUCUGGACCUGACUGGGGCCUUGGGAAGAUCGUUGACCCUGAGAGAAGUGACUGCCUUUCUCUUCCCCGCUCGGCCAACUGCUCCGGUCCUGGAAGACGCCCAAGAUUCCUGGGACGCCAGUGAGGACCGCCCGGCCGCCCGCCUUUCUCAUGCACUGGUGCCCAAUCUAACUCACCUUUCUCUCGCCAUUAAUCCCGAGCUGGCCCAAAACGCAUCAUGGAGGGAUCUCCUGACUCUUGCUCCCAAGCUUCGCUCAGUCACCCACCUGAGCCUUGCAUACUGGCCCGAGCCUUGUUUCUUGCAGAAUGCCAAGUUUGUUACUGUUGGCUCCCCGCAAGGCCACCGAAUUCCCUAUGGCGGGACAAACUACUACUCCCACUCGAUCGACCACGAUUGGAGCGAGGCGCUGCUCGUGCUCAAGAAGCUCAGCCAAAGUCUAUACUCUCUUGAGUUUCUGGAUCUCACGGGCUGUGCCUCUUGGUUCAAAGCCCUCAAACUCGAAGACGAGCAUGACUAUAUUGACUGGGUCAGCAACUGGGGCAAGAUUACGCGCCUUCGGCUCAGGAUGGGCUGGGCGUUGGCAGACGAUGCCGCACCAUCGAUCAGAACUGCACACCGAGAGGCAGCCGAGAUGGCUGCUUCUGUCGAGAGGCACAUCACUGCUGCUAGAGCCGGUAGAGGGCGCUUCAUCACAGUCGAACGAUGA